AUGGCGCGCGUCAAGAAGCCCGCUCCCAACACGCGCAAGGCCUCAGGCCAAGGCCACAGCCGUCGCGAGCACCACGCUCGAACUCCUUUUUUUGACAAGAAGGUGAAGCUGCCCAAGACGACCACCAGCCUGCCCUCAUCUACUUCUGCAGACGCACACAUCGACAGCCUCAUCAAGCUUGAAGAGGAGCUUCAAGAGCUGCUCCGCCGUGGUGGAAAGGGCGGUUUCCACAUGAACGAGCACGUUAAGAAGCAGCUCAAGGAUGUCAUCUCGGCGUUCAUUGCCAUUGUCAUGCAGCGCCCCCGUGUCCGCUGUGCCCCUUCUGUCCUGCGUCUCGCCCUUCGCAUCCGCAGCGGCGCCCUCGAUGGCAGGCUCCCCUGCCUCGUGGUCUUUUUCAGAGCCUUGGCCAAAGUGCCGACCAUGGUCACGGCCGAUCAGCGGCUGAGACGCAUCUUCUCGAUGCAAGGUGCCGAGGCGGGCGCCUUCGUGUUGGCCAAGUCUAGGGAGGCUCUGGAUAACAUCGAUGGCUACCCUCUGUGGGCUCAGAAAGUUGGCAUGGACGGAUGCGAAGACGAGAACAUGCAGAACGAUGCAUCGAUGCUGAUGGACCAGGACGACACUCCCACCUGGUUUGUCCGCUUCGCUCCAGAGGAUGGCCUGGAGGUUGCCCGAGAUGGUGAGAUCAAGACUCAUCACGAGGGACAGGGAGAUCUUGAUGGAGACAUGGAGAUGGAUGAUGGAUGCACAGGUGUUGAGGACCUCGUUGUCGAGAUGAACAACCUGGAGCUUCACGAUUGA